AAAGUCUUGUCACGAGUGGGCGGGGCAGGGUGAUGUAUGAUCUGAAAGGCCGAGAGUGACUGACGACUGUCAGUGUGUGUGUGCCUGUGAGUCUGUGUCUGUGUGACAGUAUCAUUGUGUGCGAUUCUGAGUGUCACUUGGUGCAGCUGUCAGCUAAUGUGACUGCGUGUGUCAGUGUACAUGGAGCUGGGGCUGCAUGUGGCUGUGCAAGUGUGGGAUUAUGUGUGUAUCUGUCAAUGCACAUUUUUGGUGGGACUGGGUUGUGUGUUUGUGUGAGAGGGACUGUGACCACAUUAGGGAAUGUGUUUUGGGAAGGUCUCUGUGGGGUUUGAGACCAUGUCUGCCAGCAUGAGAGUGGGUGGCUGGCUUUGUGUGUGCCAAUGUGUGACUUCAGCAGUAGCAGAGCAAAAGUGAGGUUUGUGACUAUGUGUGUGUGCUGGGUCCUAACUUAAACCGUGUGGGAGUACAGCUGUAUUCAUGUAUUGGGGGACCUACUUCAAGAGCCCAUGGGACUGACCUUUCUCUUAAGUGUCCAGCAUGGACGGACACACCCACAACACACGUGGCUUCCCCUCCUUCUUCCUCUGCUCAAGAAUCCCCAGCAUCAGGUCUACUGCUCCUUACUUUCUGUUUCCCUGCUUGACUCAGUUUCCCUUACAUGCCGUUUUCUCUCCCUGUUGCUGUCUUACUAGGGAUAUCUCUGCGUGUUUCUUCAUAGCUUUGUUCCCCUGGUCUCUGUGUGGGUGCAUUUCCAGUUUUGCCUCUCCUGUCUCUUUGUUUCUCCCUGUGCCCCUAUGCCUGCCUUCCCUGCUGAUCUUGAUCUCUUUGGCUAGUUGGGGGCCUGUAACAGUGAUGAGAUGCAGGUCUGCCACUGCUAAGAGCUCCCUGAGAGAGGGGGCUUAGACCAUGAUGAGGAGUUGCUUUUAGGCGGUGCUGUGAGCCCUGGUAGGGGGCUGUGUAUGUGUGUGACUGCGUGAGUUUAUGAAUAUGUGUAAGUGUAUCUGAGUCUGAGGCUGUGUGGCUGUGCCUGUGUGACUGUGAGUGACCGCAUGUGAGAGUGUGUAAGUCUGAGGGUAACUGUGGGUCUUGUGUAUCUGGCACCAAGGGACCAAAGGCAUUUCCUGGUGCUGGGGCCCAAAGAGUGGAGGGGGAGGUGAGAAAUGGCUGGAACUUCCAGGGGAGGGGGAACUGCACUCUUUGGCCUCUCCUUAUAUCCCCCAACUUGGGGCCUCCUUUCCCCUGGAAGCACAGCCAGCUGUGCCCUAAGGAAACAUUUGGUGAGGAGUGAAAAGAGGAGGAGUUUAUAUCUGAUUUUUCAUUUGAUUGUGUCCACGUGUGUUCAAAGGCAUGCCCUUUUGUUAACUGUGCGUCAUGAGUCCAUGUGUGAAUGUGACUAUGUCUGGCUGUGUGAAAACACAGGGCAUCUCUCACUGACAGGGACAUAAGUAUUAGCCACCCUCCUUUCCCUCUUGCUGGCCUUGGCUGUGUCUGUGGCUUCCUUUCCAGACUUGGGGGAGGCCUCUUCCCUUCACAGGGCCUUGGGUGGGAGGGAAGGAGGGAGGAGGCAGAAGCGGGGAGGGGGCCUGGCUAGGGGCGGCGGAGCUCCAGGGCUUAGAGGGGGCGGGGCAGGGAAGGGGAAGGAGGGGAUGGCUUUGGGGUCCCAGAACUGAGUGGAGUAGGAGACGGGGGCUGUAGCUGGUGAGAAGUCCUGGAGGCCAUGGACACUCUGCCGCUGGGAUCACCGAGAUGAGCAGCGGCUGCUCAGGGCUGAGCAGGGUCCUGGUGGCCGUGGCUACAGCCCUGGUGUCUGCCUCCUCCUCCUGCCCCCAGGCCUGGGGCCCCCCAGGGGUCCAGUAUGGGCAGCCCGGCAGGUCCGUGAAGCUGUGUUGUCCUGGAGUGACUGCUGGGGACCCAGUGUCCUGGUUUCGGGACGGGGAGCCAAGGCUGCUCCAGGGACCUGACUCUGGGCUAGGGCAUGAACUGGUCCUGACCCAGGCAGACAGCACUGAUGAGGGCACCUACAUCUGCCAGACGCUGGAUGGUGCACUUGGGGGCACAGUGACCCUGCAGCUGGGCUACCCUCCAGCCCGCCCUGUUGUCUCCUGCCAAGCAGCUGACUAUGAGAACUUCUCUUGCACUUGGAGUCCCAGCCAGAUCAGCGGUUUACCCACCCGCUACCUCACCUCCUACAGGUGUGUGCGUGAUCGGGUGUGGAUGCCUACACAUUUGGACGGCCCCCUCCCCACCAGGAAGAAGACAGUUCUAGGAGCUGAUAGCCAGAGGAGGAGUCCAUCCACAGGGCCCUGGCCAUGCCCACAGGAUCCCUUAGGUGCUGCCCGCUGUGUUGUCCACGGGGCUGAGUUCUGGAGCCAGUACCGGAUUAAUGUGACUGAGGUGAACCCACUGGGCGCCAGCACACGCCUGCUGGAUGUGAGCUUGCAGAGCAUCUUGCGCCCUGACCCACCCCAGGGCCUGCGGGUAGAGUCGGUACCAGGUUUCCCCCGACGCCUGCGAGCCAGCUGGACAUACCCUGCCUCCUGGCCGCGCCAGCCCCAUUUCCUGCUCAAGUUCCGUUUGCAGUACCGUCCGGCACAGCAUCCAGCCUGGUCCACGGUGAGGCCUGGAGUGGAGCCAGCUGGACUGGAGGAGAUGAUCACAGAUGCUGUGGCUGGGCUGCCCCAUGCCGUACGAGUCAGUGCCCGGGACUUUCUGGAUGCUGGCACCUGGAGCACCUGGAGCCCGGAGGCCUGGGGAACUCCGAGCACUGGGACCGUACCAAAGGAGGUACCAGCUUGGGGCCAGCUACACAUGCAGCCAGAGGUGGAGCCUCAGGUGGACAGCCCUGCUCCUCCAAGCCCCUCCCUCCAACCACACCCUCGGCUACUUGAUCACAGGGACUCUGUGGAGCAGGUAGCUGUGCUGGCGUCUUUGGGAAUCCUUUCUUUCCUGGGACUGAUGGCUGGAGCCCUGGCACUGGGGCUCUGGCUGAGGAUGAGACGGGGCGGGAAGGAUGGAUCCCCAAAGCCUGGGUUCUUGGCCCCAAUGAUUCCAGUGGACAGGCGUCCAGGAGCUCCAAACCUAUAGAGGACCCAGGAGGGCUUCGGCAGAGUCCACCUAUAAUUCUGUCUUGCUGGUGUGGAUGGAUGGACAGUAGAUCCCUAUGGUUGGGUCUCAGCUGGAAGUUCUGUUUGGAGCCCAUUUCUGUGAGACCCUGUAUUUCAAAUUUGCCAGCUGAAAGGUGCCUGUACCUCUGAUUUCACCCCAGAGUUGGAGUUCUGCUCGAGGAAUGUGUGUAAUGUGUACAUCUGUGUCCAUGUGUGACCAUGUGUCUGUGAGGCAGGGAACAUAUAUUCUCUGCAUGCAUGUAUGUAGGUGCCUGGGGAGUGUGUGUGGGUCCUUGGCUCUUGGCCUUUCCCCUUGCAGGGGUUGCGCAGUUGUGAAUAAAGAGAAUAAGGAAGUUCUUGGAGAUUGUACUUAGA